UGUUCUUUUUCUGUAAAGGUGGAUGUGACUACUGCCCACUGGAUCGAUGGCGUGGCAGUGGUGAGCAUGGACCGCAGUGGCCUGAUCCCGAAAGAGCUCUGUGUACCUGAAGGCAUUAUAUCUUCUGGCUUGUGUGAACUGGGCUCAGAGAAAGGUCAGGAGGCUGCCAUGAGCUCUUUAGGUGGCCCUCGGUUUUCUUCAGAAAGAAAUCCAGAGAUGCAGUUCAAACCGAAUAUACCCGAGACAGUGGAGGCUUCUGCUGUCUCUGGAGAACCCCCAGAUAGCUUCAGUGCUGUUUACAAAACACCAUCUAGUAUGCAAAAAAGUGCUAUACCUACAGCAGAAACAUUGGGCUUAGAUAGGUCUGCUAGUAACAGAUGCAGACCUCUCAACAUCAGUGGUGCUAAUUAUCUGCAGAUGCCCUGGGUCAAUCCUUACAUGGGGGAGGCCACGCCAGCCAUCUCCCCUUUCCACAGCUCACCAAAUAAGUAUUCACUGAACAUGUACAAGACCUUGCCACUUCAGCAGUCUCACAGCUUAGUCCAGCCGCUGUAUUCUCCAGUUUUCAGAAAUGAGGAGCACUUUUUCUACCUGCCACCACCUCACUUUGUCAGUCCCUACAUGCCAUCAUCUUUUGCUUCACCUGUGAGGCUCUCAGUGCCUCCAGCCUCUUCAGAUGUCCCGCCUCUGUCCGGCUUCUGGUCCAGAAGCCUGCCCUGGGAGAUGGGCAUCAGUCCUGGGAACCGGUUUAAUUCCCACUCAUAUCUCCACAUUCAGAACAGUGAGCAGUCUAGGGUGCUCUCUGCCAAGGAAGUCACCCAUGGCCAGCUGGAGGACACAGCUCUCCUAUUGCCCCCCUCACCUUGGCCUUUACCAAGAGUCCACUUUGCUUCCCAGCCCAGUGCAGACAGCUACUCUGAAUUUCAUAAGCACUCUGCCAUGAUUUCCACCUCGCCCUCCAUUUCCCUGUCAAAGCCAUAUAUGACAGUCAGCAGCGAGUUCCCCGUGGCCAGGCUCUGCAGCAGCGAAUAUCUGAAGACUGCAGAAGGAGGCAGAAGUGCUCAGCCAGUUCCUGAGCACAUCUGGAAAACAGCAGGUGAACACAGAAAAGGUGUCCAGUCACCUCCUCUGUUGAAGAAGCAGGUGGUUACCAAAAACGUCACUAAUAAGCCCCUAGACUUGUCUUCUGAAGUGGUGGAUGUAGAUGCUUCCACAGCUGACCACGUGAAAAAGAAGGCUCCCAAGGUCCUGGUUUACAGCAGAACUGGAAGUGGCCUAGUGCUCUCCAGAAGUGAGAUUCCGAAAGAAACACUGUCUCCUCCAGGAAAUAACUGUGCUGCCUAUAGAUCUGAGAUCAUUAACAUGGCUACCUCAUCCUGGGUGGUGCCUAGACCAAGUUGUAACAAAGAGAACAAUGGCAAAGGCCUGCCACUGAAAAACAAGGCCUUGGACUGGGCCAUCUCGCAGCAGCACAGUUCUUCAUGUCUCCAAGUGGGAAACACAGGUACCACAGUCACUAACGUUUUGGGGUCAGUGCUGAGCACGGACCACCCAGCCUUUGUGUUGCCAGUUCCAGAUGCCAAUGCAGAUGGCAGCAAGACUAGCAGGAGCUCCAUGGAUUCAAUGGCAUGUUUUAAUCAACACAUGGGCCAGCCCCUGACCACAACUGCCAAGCAUGGCAGUGACACCAGCAGCAAGGGCACCAAAGCCAGCAACCCAGAGCCGAGUUUCAAAGCAAAUGAGAAUGGCCUCCCACCAAUUUCAAUAUUUCUAUCUCCAAAUGAGGCGUUCAGGUCCCCACCAAUUUCUUACCCUAGGAGUUACCUUCCUUACCCAGCACCUGAAAGCACUCAUCUGAGUCCCAUUUCCUUACAUGGUGAGGGACCUAUCUACCCUCACCCAGUUUUGUUGCCAAAUAGUACUCUCUUUCCCGGGCACCUUGCCACAAAGCCUAGAUUGCCCUACAGGGUACCCUUGGGCCAGCCAGAGUUUGUGACCAACCAAGAUGCGUUGGAUGUGGUACAGCCCACUAUGCCCACUAAAGAAGAGAAACCAGAGAAGUUGUCCUGGUCCCACGACAGAGCCUCCCAUGAGGACUCAACCAUUCGGAAUCAGAUUCCUGAGGUGUUGGAAGCUAACAGCACCAUGUUACAUCCAGAAGUCUCCACUAACAAGAACCUAAAUGCAACCCUUAUCUGGAAUCAAGGGAAAACUCUCAUCAGGAGUGACAGUCUUGUCUGUGUAGAUCUUCUCCAGGAAGAGCCAGAUGCGAAACCUGAUGCAGAUAUAUCCAAAGCCAGGUUCACGGCUGAGAGUGUUGGCCAGAGUGCUGAGCCCACCAAACCCCCAACUGACCCAGCCCUGCAGCCAGGCCAGGAUUUCAUUGCCCUGAAAGAGGAGUUGGGGCGGAUCAGUGACUUCCAGGAAGCCUGUACUUUCAAACAAGCUCCAGGCCAGUCUGUCUUCCGUUUAAGCAAGGAGAAUGUUCCAGUGGGAACCAACAAGGAGAACCUGGCGAUGUCAGUCUUGACUCCAUUCCUGGAGCCAACUCUUGGGAAUGAUGGCCCUGCGGUAACUUCUGGUGAAACCCAAAAGGAUCCCAAACCACUUUGCUUGGGCAGUGCCCCACUGAGUGUGGACGUCACCCCCACUUAUACCAAGGAUGGAGUUGAUGAGGCAGAAUCAAAUGAUGUCAAAGUUCUGAAACCAAAGCUAUCUAAGCUGGCAAAGAGAAUUGCAAACUCUACUGGUUAUGUGGGUGACCAGUUCAAAUGUGUUACUACUGAACUGUAUGCAGAUUCCAGUCAGCUCAACCGGGAGCAGCGGGCAUUGCAGCGUGCAAUGUUGCGCUUCUUGGAGCUGGAGAUGAAAGAGAGAAAAUGUGGCCAGCCUGCAACCAAAGGCUCUGAGGUGUGCAAGUUCAGCCCUGCUGACCGGGAAAGGCUGAAAGGAAAUCAGGGCAAAAAGCGGAAGAAGGUAACCCUGGAGGCCACUGACAACCAGAAUGAUAGUGAGAGAUUCAACUAUAGUGCUGGAAAGAAACAGCACCCCUUCGAAGCCCCAGAGGAUAGAGAUCUUCCUGUGGAGAAGUGCUUCAUGGACAGGCAGCCUGUAAGUGAGCCACCCUCCAACCAUGUAGCCUUGAACAUGCUGCACAACCCCACCCUUUGGCUUAACAGAAAGCACAGCAUCUCGAGUGACACCAACCACACUGAGAGCACUGCAGAAGAGCUGCCAGAAGACUCUUUGCGGAAAGCCAAGAAGAGACGUAUUUCCAAAGGGCUCCAUCCCAAAAAGCGCCACUUGCUGCACCUUAGAGAAUGGGAGCAUCAGGUGUUGGCAGCAGAGAGCAAACCUGCCUGGCAAGGCAGGAAGGAAGUGACCCAGGCUGUUAAGUCUGAGAUCAUUGCCCAGGGCAGUGAAAUCUCUGAAGAGAAACCCAGCAGAAAGAGUGAAGAGGUCAAAGGCAACAGAAGCUGGUCGGAGGAGUUCCUCAAAUCCAGUGACAAUGAUCAAGACUUUCCUGUAUUCUCCAGCUCCAUGCCCAUGAAGAGGCUUUUAUCCACCAUUGCGGGCAACCAAAUGCAGACCCAGCCAAGCUGCACAUCAGGCUUGAUGAUGCAUACCAAACAGCAGAGAAUUAAAGAAAGCCAUGAGGCAGAUGUACUGUACAGAGAUGAUCAAGAGGAUUGCCAGGGUGCCAUGCUGCUGCAGAAAUACACUAAUGACCCUGAGAAAACAUCUGGGAAGAGACUGUGCAAAACCAAGCAUUUGAUUCCUCAGGAGCCCAGGCAGUGCACUUCACUGAAAAGCGACAAUGCAGAUAGCAAGGUGAACAUCCAGAGAUUCCGAAAUCAGCCUGAGCUCACUUCUAACUGCGAACGGUCACCAGCCAAGCAGGACCAGAAGUGCUUCAACGGUUUGCAGCAAUUGCUGCCUGCUUCACAGACCUCACAGCUGCUAUACUCAGGGUCAUCUCCGCAGACAACCCAGUGUCGCCCUUUGCAACCAAAAGCACAGAGACUUACUGUCAAUAAGAAUGCUGGAGAGACCCUCCUGCAGCGGGCCGCCCGACUUGGCUGCGAGAAAUUGGUCUUGUACUGCCUGGAAAACAAGAUUUGUGACGUUAAUCAUCAGGACAAUGCAGGUUACUGUGCCCUACAUGAAGCUUGUGCAGGAGGGUGGCUCCAGAUUGCUGAACAUCUUCUUAAAUAUGGUGCUGAUGUCAACUGCAGUGCCCAGGAUGGAACCAGGCCUCUUCAUGAUGCAGUUGAGAGUGAUUUCCUGGAGAUUGUUCGCCUGCUUCUCUCCUAUGGUGCUGACCCCACUUUGGCUACGUACUCCGGUAGAACCGUCAUGAGUAUGACUCACAGCAAAGUUAUGGAAAUGUUUCUGGCAGAUUACUUAAAGGACCUACAAGGUCACAAUGAUGAUGAACUUGGUGGCCCUUGGGAGUUCUAUGGAAGCUCUGUAUGUGAACCAGAUAAAAAGGCUGGAUUUAAUGUUUUGACAAAUCCUCCAGGACCAGAGGACGAGGAUGAUGAGGAUAAGGCUUUCAGCGAUGUGUUUGAAUUUGAAUUUUCAGAUAGUCCUCUUUUACCUUGUUAUAACAUCCAAGUGUCUGUUGCUCAGAGGCCACGAAACUGGUUAUUGCUUUCAGAUGUGCUUAAAAAACUGAAAAUGUCAUCCUGUGUAUUCCGCUGCAAUUUUCCAAAUAUUGAAAUUGUCACAGUCACAGAGUCAGAGUUUUACAGGCAGGUUUCUGCAAGUCUCUUGUUCUCUUGCCCCAAAGACCUGGAAGCCUUUAAUCCUGAAAGCAAAGAGCUACUAGAUUUGGUUGAAUUAACAAAUGAGCUUAAGACUCUGCUUGGCUCCUCUGUGGAGUGGUUAAAUCCCAGUGAUGUGGCCCUGGAAGACCACUGA